UGAGGAGCAGUUGUACGACACCAAGCUGACCGGUCAGACGUUCCGGCAUCCGUCCUCGCAGAGCUCUGACGACACGUCCACCUCGCUCAGCCGAUCGCCCAUCUCCCUCAACAACAAGAGACCCGACUUCAUCUUCCUGCCGGCCUCCAAACAGCUCUACGAAGAUGAAACCUCAUCCUCUGUGUUUGGACUGAGGUCAGCGACCGACCCGUCUCCCUCCCCGUCCCCGUCCCCCUGCGGCUCAGAUCGCCCUCCUCUGGGCUGGAGCAGUAACAACAGUAGCAGCAGCACCGCCACGUCGGCUAACACCGGACCGCCCGUCGCAGAGAAACUCCGCUGGCACCUGGGGAGACGCGCGCAGACGCACUUCAUACCGCUCGACAUCACAGGUGAAGGAGGAGGAGGAGGGAAAUUCCACGGCGUCGACCUCCUCCAGCACUCCCCGUCCCCGUCACCCUUUCCAGGGGACCCCUUCCCCCACCAACCCCACUCCCUGGAGCCUGUCACCGACACCCCCCACCAGAACCUCCCCCUGAGGAAGACGCACUCUGACCUCGACACAACCUUACCUGCAGAUAAAACUGUAGAGCAUCGUGUCUCAAACCAACUUCACCCAGGCACUAUGGACCACUCUGGUCUGCUGUGCUCAAACACACCCUCCGCUUCCUGGAACGGACCAAAGGGCUCCACCUUUUCUCCCGGAGCGUGGAACGAGCCUUACAAUUACAGCAUGAGCAAAGGCCCAGCGGUUCCUCCCAAACACCACAGCAUCAUCGGCCAUGCUGGUGGAGGGAUGCAGGACGGUGUGAUGCUGGUGAGCUCGGGACAGUCAAUGAGCUCACACGCCAGCUCGUUCACGUCUGUGACAGACUCUUCGGGGAGAGGAGGGAAUAUUGUGCCAGGGAUUUCACUGCUAACGCCGUCGAUGGGGAAGCGGAGCGAGACGGAAGGAGCUGCAGCGGAUGGAGGGAGGCGAGGUGGAGGAGGGGGAGUUGGGGAGGCAGGGAGAGGGAGGGAGAGGUCAGCACGUUCCAUAGCAGCACAGAAAGCCUUCAAGUUCCGGGAGCGUUCCCUUUCCACACCAACAGAUUCUGGUUCCUUCUGCUUCACAGAGGGUGGUGUAGGCCAGCCAGAUGGGAACAUUAUGUCGACUGGGAAUGGGAAUGCUUUGGCAAUAACAGACCACCAACAACAGCAUCAUCACUUCCUCGGUUUGAGCGAGAACUACGCUCUCCUCUACCCUAGAGGGAGCUCCGAGGACAGUGCCAGUACGACUGAUACAAUUUCUGUCACUGCUUCGGACUACAGCGCCGAUGGACGCUUGCGCCUACGCUCUCGUUCCAUCUCACUCAAGAAAUCCAAGCGCAAGCCGCCGCCUCCUGUGAGGAGUGUCUCUUUAAUGAAGAACCUCGGAGAAGCCGAGGGAAGAAUCCACCAUGACAGUGGGCUUUAUCGGGAUGGACGCCCAAAGAGCUUGCAUAUCCCAAGGGAUCACUUCCCAGACUUCCAGCCUGAUUUCCUCCUACCCAGCUCCUCCUGCUCCUCUAAACCCGGUGUUAGUGAGCGGGAGCUGGGACAUGGAGGCAGUGAUGGACCCCCAAGCCUGGAGGUUCAGCCACCAGAGCGGGAGGGAGAGACAGAACUGACCUUCCCCGCUCACUGGCAGCUAGGGGAGUGGAAGAAUGACCCCUACAGGUCUCUAUCAGGCUCCAGCACAGCGACUGGUACCACAGUGAUUGAAUGUAUGAAAGUCAGAAGCAGCUCCGAGUCCCUUCUUGACUCUCCCUCCACCUCCAGAGGCACCUCGCCCUCACAGCUCUCCAUGGAAACUGAAGUCAAGGCAUCCUCACCCUUCAAACCCCCAGGACUUAUGUCACCAUCAAGUGGCUAUUCCAGCCAGUCAGAGACUCCCACUUCAACUGUUCCACUCAGUCACGUGGCAGGUCAGGGGACACUAGGGGCAUCAGGGUGUAAGAUGCGCCCGAAGAUUCCAGAAAGGAAAUCAUCACUACCUUCGCCAAAGGACCCGACUGCAAGAUCUAGAUUGUCCUUUGAGAUGCCUGGGAAUGCACAUCUGGAGCUCUCUUCAAUCAAGCCAAAGCAAAAGGCCAGUAGACGGCAUUCUGACACCUCCACAGCAGCUAAACCAGGAAAAAUCAGUCCGAGCUCUUCACACGCAUUGCCUGUUGUCACCCAGAAUGAGCUGAAGACUAUUCGGCUACGCUCUGUCUCUCGUGGUGACCUAGAGGACUGUCCUGAUGGUGCAUCUGACACCAUUGAAGAAGAGCAGCAUGGCAGAGACCUCUGUGAAGUCCCCAGCCCUCCGCCCACUCUACCAAAACCCAAACCACCUGUCGCUGUCAAGCCCCCUUUGCCUAAGCGACCUAUAAACCUCCUCAUAAAGUCUCCUUCCCCCUCCUCUACUUCCCCUCUUGCCCUUGACUCACCACCUGCCUCACCUGUGGACCGGCCUGUGCCCUUGGGCAACAUCUACAAAGUCAUGAGAAAACCCAAACCGAAAAAACCUCCUCCACAAACUUUAACAAGUCCUUCUGUUCUCCCAGAUUCAAAUUCCACCACCAACACACAAACUGGUUAUGAUCAUCCAUUCCUCCCACACUCCCAGUCCCUCUUCGAUCUCCCUCCUCUCCCAGAUCCUCAGCCUCUCCUGGAGGACCCAGUGUUAGAGCCUGAAUUUGAAGCUGACCAAGAGAUCCGGCUUGGGCCUGAAGAUGGAGGUUCACUCCCUUCUCCUUGCAGUAAUCAGGAGGCCCAGGAGCUCCAGGACAAGAGCAAGACCCUCCCCUCAAGGAUGACAAUCUCCUGUCUGUCAGAGCUGUCAGACAAAAAGAAACCUAAGGUUCCUCCUCCAGUCCCCAAGAAGCCAAGUGUUCUGCUUCUUCCCACGUCAGUCCACUCCUCUACAAAUGGCAGCACCGAUCGACAGACACCUCAGGCCGAUAGCCCUUUGGGCCUUCGGUCAACAGUUGGAGCUUUCCCACCAGACGAUAUUUCCAGUGCUCCGUGUGUUCCAGAUAUGCCAGAGCUAGAUGAGAACCACUUGGAACCAGACGAGGAGAGUUCUAAAGAUUCGUCACUUCAGUCAACUUUGCAGGAUUCCUCUUUCACUGAGCUAGAGGGGAAGAUGGCCAGCACUAGGAUCGAGACAGAUGACUCCAAUGAGAAGAAUGUGCUCCACAUUGCAGAGGAAACAGAUGACGACUUGCUGGCAACACCGACAACACACACCACCGAAGACCUUUUCACGAUAAUACACAGGUCCAAGCGAAAGGUUCUGGGUCGCAAGGAGCCGACCGACUCCUUUGGCAGCCGACAGAGCCUGGUAUCCCCCGUGAAGCACAGCGCCGGUAACACCGAAAUCCGGAACCUGACGUUAGGCAGCAGUCAGAGGUCAAGCUCCCGUAAUGAGAACUUCAUGGCCCUACUUCAGAAGAAAGGCAGCAAGUCUUCCAGCGGAGGGACCAGAGUUUCCGCCAUGGAGCUUCUCAAAAGCACAAACCCUCUGGCACGACGGGUCACCGAGUUCUCAUCCACCACUUCAACGGCCACAGAGGGAGAAGAGGCAGCACCUGGGAACGGCAAAUCCAACGACCAGUGAAUGGAAGUAUCAUAGGUGUUAACCAGGUCCGUUUGCUGUCGACAAAGCUACCAAACGAUUCUACAAUGCGCCAGGCUCUGAAGAUGGGCACCUCUGACCAACCAGAUCGCUCCAACUACUGAUCGACCAUUUGCACUGUCCAAUCAAAUUGGAGCAAAGCUUUGGACGAAAUGGUCCCUUCCAUGGUUGGAGCGCUAUAGUCAUCUGUCAAACUGGUCCCCUAUUGGAAAGCGAGAAAGUUGUGGAGAACAAUACAGGUUCUCACAAUAUUUUCAAUGAAAGGUGGCGGCUAUGAGGCUGUGCCUCAACACCUGCACCAUGUUUUCCUCACUGGGAGUUUUUUCAGUGUGAAGGUCGGAUGGAUUAAUGAGUGCAUGGAGCAGACGACAAGGAUUAUGUGGUUAUACAGUGGAUAUAUUUACUCCUGGCUCCUUCUGGAUGAUGACAACAAGAGUCCCUGAUGAAGACAAUGGUUACUUGAUCUGAAUCUUUAACAAGUCAUACUGAUCCGCAGCUGAUCAGCAAUGAAAUAUAUCCAAGAAACAAAUGGAAUAACACACAGAAGACAGAAUUAUGCUUCUUGGAAGUAAAUCUGUCCAGCCAGUAGCACCACAGCACUGACGCCUGUAGACUUACAUGAAACGAAGGGUAAAUUCCUCACGGUGUGACGAGGCACAUGAGAAAGCAAAUGUUCUCAACGCCUUGGACAUUACGGCUUCUCUCUACAGUAAAAUCUCUGCUGUAGCAGCGCUGUCGUUGACAAUAGAGAAGAUGAAGUGGAGGAUUUACAAAGAGAAACCACAAAGGGGCUUUUUGCCACCGAAGAUGAGGCAUGAGCAUGUCACACAUUUUGUUUCUCGUGCUCUGAACAUGAAUGUGGACCUUCACUAAACAUUCCACAGAGGCACCCAGCAAAUGGACGCAAGCACUUUUUGUCUUCUCUUUAGCGUUGGAGGUUGUUUACAUGGUGCAGCCUUUGCAUCGCUACGUUUCGUUCUUGAAAUAUUCGUCAAUCAUUAUUUUUUAAGUGUUUGUUUAGAUUUUUUCUUUUUGCAUAUAAUUUGGAUUGUACUGUAUGUAUCGUGUACAAAGAUCAAAGUUGCGCAUCUAUCAGCAACAGUCAUUUGCAUUCAAAAAUAAUGUACAGACAGAGCAGCCAACAGCUCGGACUACAAACUGCCCAUGGAGGGAAAACACACACAGACUAAAGAGGAACGCCUCGGAGAGCAGACGUAUCUACACAAGUGUGUGUUUGUAUGAGUGUGUGUGUGUUUGUACAAGUGUGUGCAGAUGAAAUCAUGCCUGUUGAUUUUCUGUACGGAGAGCAUGACGCAGGCCUGGUUAUUCAACAGGGUUUUUAUUCAUUUUCUGGUCUCUGGUGACGGGACCAAAGGACUGUUAAAAAACUACAAACAGACCAGAGGGGACCGAGUUGUGCACAUGUGUGUGUUUGCAUUCGUCUUUGUGAGUCUGUGAAUGUGUGUGUGUUGAGGGAAAUGCCAAGAACAAAGAGGGAGACACAGAGGGAGGGAGUGCAUGAACGUGUGUCUCUCAUGUGUUUUCGUGCACACCCUUACAUGCUUGCAUAUUCUGGCUUGUGUGUCUUUGCAUCAAGGAACGUAGACUUGUCUUAAUGGCGGCCGUGCCAUUUUGAAGGCAUGUUAAAACGUCCUUCAGUUCCCGAGCCCCGAAUGGUCCAACGCUUGAAUCCUAUCUCAGGAUUCAUUGCGGACCGGUGAUGAGGAUAACAAGCUCGCUAUCCGGCUGGCUGAGCUGCAGCAAGUGCAAGCGGCUCAAAUUAGCUAAUGAUGCAACGGACAAGUUGGAAAUUCUUGGUAGACCAUAGAAUCUUAUUCCAGUUCCUUUGAAUUGGGACACUGCUUGUGAUCCAGACCCCAAUCAAUCGCAUUUAGGGAAUAAUGGAUGAUAGAAGCAAAGGCUUUGAUUGGCUGAAGGAAGAAUGGCUUUAGUCAGAGAAUCGGGAAACCUGUUGAAACUUCCAUCCGUCUGUCUGUCCGUAGUUACAGAGUGAUGUCACAGGCCCAGGUUGUUCCUUUAUGUUUUGUCCUCCGUGCACAUUUCCAUCCUCCGUCUCUAUCGUCUCAGAGGGGAGAUGACGGUCUGCGCCGCCCUCCUCCUCCUCGCCGCUCACUCCUCGCCUCCUUUCAUCACUGCUGGUGCCUCUCUGCAAUUAGCAUCAUCUCUCUUUUUCCCUCCUGCAACUCUCUGGCACAUAGCACACUCUCUUUCUUCACUGACAAAUAGCAACUCUCUGUAGCGCCGCCUCUUUAUCCCUUUUUCUAAAUCCUUAUCUUCCUCUUCCUUCCUCUCCCCUCCUCUUUUGACCCUCUCCCACUUUCCGUCAACCUUCUCUUGUCUCUCCUGUCUCUUUUCUCUCAUCUCACUCUUCCUCCCCGUCACCUCUCUUUGCAUUCAGUCUAUGCAUCUGAGCUCGACAGACGACGCGACACCGGAUGAAUGUCAAUGAAUGACUGUUAAGAAAACAGACGCUGUGGUUGGCUUGAUAGUGCAUGAAACAUAUUUCUAUCAAUGCUUAUCUUCUGCCUUCUCUUUCUCUCGCUCUUUAACUUCUAUGUUGUUUUUAUUUUUCCUUUACACGGUCCAUAUGAGAUGGAGUGAACAUGGAUGAAUGAGUGAGUGAGUGAAUGAAUGAAUGAAUGGAUGGGAUCUGUGCACAAACACAGAAACAGGCAGAGUUUGAAUUUGUUUUUGCCCAAAAGGACUUUCAGACUGUGGACAGAUCGCAAGUCGUCAAUCCUGGACGACCCUCGGUUCUGGAUCAGUGAGUGGACGCUUCCAUCAGUGGUUCAGCUCUAAAAUCAUGACCCCCCCCCCCACCCUGCAUGAAAGGACCCUGUAGAGGGAGGAGGGGAACCUGUUGUCUCCUGACUCCCCGGCAGCAAAACUAUCCCUCGGUGCUAUUGAGUCAGAGCUCCCCCUAAUGGAUGGAAAUGUACACAACAACAGCAGCAGAGUAAAAAAAAAAACUGUCACACACAUCCUUCAGGUAAACCAUCAUCCUGAAAAAAGAUUUUAAAACUGAAGAAAUGAUCACCGUUUAUGAUGACUCGUCACGUGACGCUUGUUUUAAAUAUUUAGUGAAUGAAAAAAGAUGAACCUAUAAAACUCUGUGUUUGUUUGCCUUGUAAACUGAAUUGUGGGCGUGUUGCUGCGACGCCUCGUGUUGUUUUUUUUACUUUUUUAAGUUACAUUUUUAGUUUUUUUUAUUUCAGCUGCCUUGGUGGUACACACAUAAACACAAGUUUGUGUUUAGGAAUCUGGUGAUUCGGACGUUUCAAAGCAACACUACGCAGCUUUUGAAAAUGAGUUUGAUGAUCUCCUGUGAGAAGAACUGACCAACAGAAUCAAUCACCACAUGCCGCUGCAGAGGGCGCUGUUGGGCAGUAGAAGUUACAUAGUGUUGCUUUAAGCGUUUGUUAAAUAAACAGUUGCCCCGAUCAGCGUAUCACAGCUGGUAUCACAUCGAAUGUGAUAUUUUUCUCUCAGACCAAUCACGUAUCUUAGAUCAGAUAGAAGUGGCAAGAAGGAGCCAAACUUUUAUUCAGACUGAACCCACAGAUCUUUGGAGUAGAGAGGAAAGAUGUGAGGAGAAGUGACUCGUUAAAAAGUCAUGUGGUUUGUGGAUGAGACACAAACGCACACAUGCAUGUGAAAACAGGGUUGGGCAUCAGAGAGGAUGUUUCAUCGUGUUCAGGAUCAUAAAAACAUUGUGCUGUUUUAGUGGGUACAACACAUGGGUGCAUUGGUGCAAAGAAAACAAGGGUGUUAUCUCUGAUGUUGGGAUACAAGUACUUUAGUCUUUGCAAAUAUAUCUCAGGCUCUGCUCGGCUCCAGAGGCAGAAAUAAUCUCAAUGGUGGUUUCACAAUCAAUGGGCGGAGCCAAAAAAACCCUCCUGCCAAAUUGGUGACAUAUUAUUGCCAUUUUUUUCUGAAAGGCAACUAACGACAAAUUGAGAGAGAAUAGGAGCAAUACUUUUUAUCCCUCCUGUGAGGAUCUGGUUGCUUCAUGGUGAGUUUAACCACCAGUGCAAUUAAUUCUGCAAACGGAGCAGCUCUGCCUUCAAGAAAUUUCUGUAAUGCAAUACUACAGGCCUCUUAAAUAUGCUGACAGUAUAUUAUAUUGAAAAUGUCAUUUCUAUAAAGUGUGAGAGUGAGAGCCGACGAGAGGAAGAUAUUGAAUAUUUAAUCCAUUAUCCCGUCUUUGGGAGGACAAGUGGGGAAAGAGGGGAAGGAGGGGAGGAUGAGGUGUUCGGCUGGAUUCUGCUGAAUGUGGGGAUUACCACGCUGAAAUUUAUACGUUUAUAUUCCAUCAUCUGUUCCCUCACCUCCUCUUUCUCCCCGUCGCCUCAGCCGUCGUGUGACUCAGCGGAGUAAUCACGUUAAGAGCUUUUCCCUCUCUCUCACUCUCUCUCCUUCUUUCCCUGCUGAGCGAUAAAAGGUGUUCGGGGAAGCAGAUCAAGAAAUCGCCGGUUAAUUAAUUUCAGUCGCCGUCUGCAGCUGCGUUAGCAACCUGUUGCUAAGAGACACAUUAAUGUAAAACGUCAAAGGUUAAAUUGGAGACUUGGCAGAGAUUAUUUUCAGUGAAGCCGACAGAAAAAUCACAGUUUAUCUAAAUUCGAUGUGUGUGUGUGUGUGUGUGUAAGGUUUAAUGAAUAAAGCUUCUAUAAUGAGACCAAAUGGCAGAAGAGCAAAGACAAAUCAAACGUCCCCUCAGACUUAAGAGUCAAGUCAAGUACCAGUAUUUGCAAAGGACGUAGAAAUAUAAUAACAGAAACAGCUAUGAUGAAGAAAAGCUAUUAUUUUUAUGACUUUAUAGAGAAAUUUGCUUUAAAAACAAUGCAAUGGUUCAUAUUUUGCAAAAGCACCAGAGCAGAUAACUGCACUUUUUAAAAAGUUCAGGUUGUUUUUAUUGCCGGAUAUUCCCCCUGGCAUAAACCACUAAACUAUGAAAUUCACAAAUCUGCAUUUUGAAUUACAACUAAACAGAUAAAGAAUAAGAUCACAGUACGAAAAAGAGUUCUGCUGCCAGAAACUGAACCGACAAGACCUGAGUCUCCAAUUUUCAUUUUGGGUUGAGUUUUAGGUUCCUGUAGGAGCUCGAGCUAACCACUGACAAACAAACCCAUCAGGAUGCAUGGCUUGGUUUUGAAAUUGCUCAGGUUUGGAUAUUUUGACUGUAGCUCAAUGCAGUACAGUGAUAUUCAUGUCAACAUGUCUCACUGGCCAAACGCCAGAGUCUGCGAUGUAGCGAUUGUAGAUUUGAGUCACUGGAGCGCAUUCCUGACGAUAAACGCUGUCGACCAGUCAUAGCGAGUAAUGGCUGUAAAUUCUGAUGAUUCAACCCGUCAUCAAAUUACUAAUAAAAAAACAAAUUUACCACAAACCAAACUUAAACAUGUCUAUACAGCAGCAAGUCACCAGGUGGCGAUGGAGAUGCUUUAAUUUCAUCCAACUGUAAAGUGUAUGGGCUGAGUAGACAGGAAGCAACACUGACGCAGAGCCGUAGAGGCACUGACGAGCAAAGGGGAUGAUGGGAAAUGAAAUAGAUCGCCACAUCGGGAGGGUGUGCACGAUCGAGUGAAGCGGAGAGUGAGACAUGUCAACCGCAAACAUCGCUCUAUUUCUGCUGAGCACUAAUUUCAGCCAACGCUCAUCCACCUCCUGACGAUCCCCAGAGUCAUCAUGAAUAAUCAUGACGUUAUAUCUGGAUAUUUUAUUCCUGAUGUUUUGGCACUUUGGGAAACAACAGAUCCAGUUCUCAUUGAGAUUCACUGACUUUGUGUGAGCUGCAGUGGAAGCUUCCAAACCGGUGCGGCUCACAUAUCAGGGUGUUGCAGGCAGGGUGACGUGUCCCUGAUGAAGUUGGGGUUGAGUCGAUGUGCUGCAGCUUCUUGAGAGAGUGAAACAGGGUGAAAAAGCAACAGAGAGAUUUAGUGGCGGCAGGUUUGGGCCAAAGAGCAUCUAGACGGGUGAGGUUUACUGUAAUUGUACAUUUCAGGGGUACUGUGGAGUAAUGGAGCAUGCGGCCCGUCUCAAAAACAGAAAAAAGCUGACGUCCUAUAUGGUGGUUAACUCCACCCUCCUGCCACUCCAAGUGAAGUAAAACAAAGGCCCACGUUUGGUGUACAGUCGGUGUACAAAGACACAGAGAUGUUACUUAGAGAGAGACACGGACAAGUUAUUGGAAUUAUUCUAUUUUUGUUAUUCCUCAUUGACAAAGACAUAUUUAAAGGAAUAUUCCGUGUGUGUAUUGAAUAACCUUUGUUUCCCUGCCCCAUCCAAUGGUGUGACGUGUGGCUGCGGGGUGGCGUCACACACAAACGCUUCCCUCCGCAGCUCUGCAAUGCCAAU